AUGCUCUUCUCCUCUAUUGCCAUUGUUGCGGCAGCAACUGCUGCCUUGGCAUCACCGGUAAAGCCCAGUGCCAAGAUUGCAGCUUUACCAGUGAAGCGUGUCUCCAACGUCAAGUCGUUGAAGAACAUUGUCCAAAAGGGCCAAGCACGCAUCAACAAGAUCAACGGCGUCAAGGACAUCGAGGCCAGGGCUAGCGGCCCAGUCACCAACGAAGACGUUAGCUAUGUUGCCUCGGUCACUAUUGGCGGUCAAUCCUGGGACCUCAUCGUCGACACUGGAUCUUCAAAUACGUGGUGUGGUGCCCAACGCUCAUGCGAGCCAUCUUCCACUGGCAAGUCCACGGGCGGUUCCGUCCAGGUUAGCUAUGGUUCCGGCUCUUUCUCCGGCACCGAGUACAAGGACACAGUUACCUUCGGUGGUUUGACCGUCACAUCACAGUCGAUUGGAUCUGCCCGCUCAUCCUCCGGCUUUCAAGGUGUCGAUGGAAUUAUUGGCUUUGGUCCCGUAGAUCUCACUGAAGACACCGUCUCCAAUGCCAACACAGUCCCAACCUUCCUGGAUAACCUCUAUAGCCAAGGAUCCAUCUCGACUGAGGUGCUGGGUGUUUCCUUCAAGCCAGAGUCUGGCAGUGACAGUGAUGACACCAAUGGCGAGUUGAGUCUCGGCGGUACUGACAGCUCCAAGUACACGGGCUCCCUCACCUACUUCUCAACUCUCAAGAGUGGCUCUGCUGCUCCCUACUGGGGCAUCUCUAUUGCUAGCUUCACCUACGGCUCGACGACCCUCGCAUCGUCUGCGACCGGCAUUGUCGAUACUGGUACUACGCUCAUCUACAUCCCCACCAAGGCUUAUAAUGCGUUCCUGUCUGCUGCUGGUGGCAAGACUGAUAGCUCAACUGGCCUCGCUGUCUUCUCAAAAGCGCCAACAUCUAACUUUGCCAUCAAGUUUGGCUCGACGACUUACACUCUUACACCGUCGCAGUACUUGGUUCCCACCUCUCAGUACAGCUUAUUCGGACUCAGCUCUGGAAAGUACUACGCAUGGAUUAACGACGGUGGCAGCUCGGGCGUCAACACCAUUAUUGGCCAGAAGUUCCUGGAAAACUACUACUCAGUCUAUGAUACUACCAACGGCCGCAUCGGCUUCGCUACCGCCGCUUAA